CGGUUUUAUUUUCACUUGAGUUUGUUUUUUUACACGCCUCUGAGUUCUUUAUAGUUUUUCAUAGAUUUUCCCCAACUAUCUUGAACAGGAAGUACAAAAUUUUCCAUGGAAAAAUGAAGAAAAUCAUAAAAUUUUAGCCUUUGAAGAGGAGUUGCGGAAUGUGCUCAUUCACUCGACGCAUUCAUCUUCCUCAAUGAAACUUCAAAGUGAAGAAGAAGAAGAAGUCGUGUAGUGAAAAAAAAAGUCAUUUAACCCUCGGGGAGAGUAGAAAAAUUUGCAAAAUUACGCAGAAUAGUGGGCGGAAGUGAUUUUUUGUGAGAAAAAGUGAGAAAGGCAGUGUGCUGAUUUGGGCGGAAGUGUGCUGAAAAGGGAAUUUUUGAGGCUCUGAAAAAGACACGGUAGCAAUGUCAACGCCAGCGCGUAGACGUCUUAUGAGGGAUUUUAAAAGACUCCAGGAAGAUCCCCCAACUGGAGUGUCCGGAGCCCCCACGGACAACAACAUCAUGAUCUGGAACGCUGUGAUAUUCGGACCUCAUGACACACCCUUUGAGGAUGGCACAUUUAAGCUCACGAUAGAGUUCACGGAGGAAUACCCCAAUAAGCCGCCCACUGUGCGCUUUGUCUCCAAAAUGUUUCAUCCAAACGUCUACGCUGAUGGGGGCAUCUGCCUUGAUAUCUUGCAGAACAGAUGGAGCCCCACGUAUGACGUGUCCGCUAUUCUGACUUCAAUACAGUCACUUCUGAGUGAUCCAAAUCCAAAUUCUCCGGCCAACUCCAUGGCUGCGCAGCUCUACAAAGAGAAUCGGCGGGAGUAUGAGAAGCGAGUUAAAGCCUGCGUAGAACAGAGCUUUAUCGAUUAGUCAUCUCUGGAUUAUUUUCUGGUGUGUGUGUGAGGAUUGAGUGGCGGAGGAUUCGUUGUGGAGGAGAUGCGCCCCCCCCCCCCAUUGGGGCUCGCAGCAAAAUCGUGCGAUUGGGUGGUUUGGUGGCCGGCCAACGAGGUUUUGGCGAUUUCUUCGUGAAAAUAAAAUUAUUUAAAUAAACAUGAAAAUAAAAAUAAAUAAAAAAAAACCAAGCGUGGAUCCCUGCUAAUUUCCACCCCACUCUCCCCCCGCAACACUUUCUGUUUCCACCCCCACAUCUCCGCCCCCCAUAUCCCCCUCUGUAUCUGUUAGUGUCUCAGUAUACCUUACGACAAAAAAAAAUAAAUACAAGAAAAGUAUAAAAAUAAUAAAAGAAAAAUAAAUCUUUAGAAAUAAAAUAAAAUAAAAUGAAAAGCAACUUUUCUGGUCUACCGAUCGAAUGGAUGUCAUACUAGAAUUUCUGAUAAAAAAAAACUCCUAGAGCAUUAUACAAGAUGAAUAUUAUUAUAUAAAACAAAUAUUAAAUUAACUUUUAGAGUCGUGAAGAAUUGGAAAAUAAAGCAAAUUAAAUUAAUAAA